CAGGGCGGGGCGUUGAGCGGUUGAUGGCUGAAAACCCGACUGGGAGUCGCGGGUUGAGCAGAGCUCCGGGCCGGAGGCUGGAUGGCCGCGUGCUGAACCCAAGCGCGAGAGGCCGCUGCCACCAUGCCCACGGGCGUGGGCGCCGCCUGGCUCUGCCUGCUGGCGCUCGCCCUGCCGGGCUGGACCAGAAGAGGAGCUUGGGAAUUCUCACCACAGCAUGAACUAGUAAAGCCUCAAUGGAAGCCCACAGAAGACCCCAAGAUAGAAAAGCAUCCACUUCAAGCUGAGCUCAGGGUAACAGCCGAGGGGCGAGAACUGAUCCUGGACCUGAAGAAGAAUGAGCAUCUUUUUGCACCAGCCUACACAGAAACCCAUUAUACUCCAAGCGGGGUCCCUCAAACCACCACGCUGAAAUCUGAGGACCACUGCUUUUACCACGGGACGGUGAGGAAGGCCCCAAAGUCCAGUGUCACACUCAGCACCUGCCGGGGAAUGAGAGGGCUGAUCAUGAUAAGCAGUAACCUCAGCUAUAUCAUCGAGCCCCUCCCGGGCAGCGAGGACCACCACCUCAUUUACAGAUCUGAACAUCUCCAUCUGCCUCCGGGGAAAUGUGGGUUCCAGCACACCAAUCCCACUGCCAGGGAUGGGGUCCUUCAGCUUGCCAGCGAGACCAAGCAUCGGCCUCGCAGGAUGAAAAGGGAAGAUUUACACUCGAUGAGGUUCGUGGAGCUUUACCUUGUGGCUGACUACGCAGAGUUUCAGAAGAAUCGACGAGACCAGGACGCCACCAGACACAAGCUCAUGGAGAUCGCCAAUUACGUUGAUAAGUUUUACCGGUCCUUGAAAAUCCGGAUUGCCCUGGUGGGCUUGGAAGUGUGGACACAUGGAAACAUGUGUGAAGUUUCUGAGAACCCCUAUUCCACCCUCUGGUCGUUUCUUCACUGGAGGCGCAAGCUGCUUGCCCAGAAGAAGCAUGACAAUGCACAGUUAAUUACGGGCAUGUCCUUCCAUGGCACCACCAUCGGCCUGGCACCCCUCAUGGCCAUGUGCGACAGGUUCCAGUCCGGCGGAGUCAACAUGGAUCACUCUGAGAACGCCAUAGGUGUGGCUGCCACCAUGGCCCAUGAGAUGGGCCACAACUUCGGCAUGAGCCAUGAUUCUGCAGAUUGCUGCUCAGCCAGCGCCGCAGACGGGGGCUGCAUCAUGGCCGCCGCCACCGGGCACCCCUUCCCGCGUGUGUUCAACGGGUGCAACCGGAAGGAGCUAGACAGGUAUCUGCAGUCAGGCGGUGGGAUGUGUCUGUCCAAUAUGCCUGACACCAGCAGAAUCUACGGGGGCCAGAGGUGUGGGAACGGCUACUUGGAGGACGGAGAAGAGUGUGACUGUGGAGAGGAAGAGGAAUGCGACAGUGCCUGCUGCAAUGCCUCCAACUGCACCCUCCGAGAAGGAGCCGAGUGUGCCCAUGGCGCCUGCUGCCACCAGUGUAAGCUGCUGGCCCCUGGCACCAUGUGCCGUAAGCAGGAGCGGAAGUGUGAUCUCCCAGAGUUCUGCACGGGAACAUCUCCCCACUGCCCCACCAACUUCUACCAGAUGGACGGCACCCCCUGUGAGAGUGGCCAGGCCUACUGCUACAAUGGCAUGUGCCUCACCUACCAGGAGCAGUGUCGGCAGCUGUGGGGGCCUGGGGCCCGGCCUGCUCCUGAUCUCUGCUUCGAGAAGGUGAAUGAGGCAGGGGACACCUUUGGAAACUGCGGGAAGGACAUGAAUGGGAUACACAAGAAGUGCAACCUGAGAGAUGCCAAGUGUGGGAAGAUCCAGUGUCAGAGUUCUGAGGCUCGGCCCCUGGAGUCCAAUGCGGUGCCCAUCGACACCAACAUCAUGGUGGAGGGGAAGCCGGUCCAGUGCCGGGGCACCCACGUCUACCGAGGCCCCCACGAGGAGGAGGACAUGCUGGACCCAGGCCUGGUGAUAACCGGGACCAAGUGUGGCCACAAUCACAUUUGCUUUGAGGGGCAGUGCAGGAACACCUCCUUCUUUGAAACUGAAGACUGCAUGAAGAAGUGCAAUGGCCAUGGGGUCUGCAACAACAACAGGAACUGCCACUGUGACUUGGGCUGGGCCCCACCCUUCUGUAACACAUCCGGCCAUGGUGGCAGCGUCGACAGCGGCCCCAUGCCCCCUGAGAGUAAGAGCAUGGGCUCCGUGGUGACGGGAGUGCUCCUGGUGAUCUGCAUGGUGGGACUCAUCCUGAUCUGCUACUACUGGAAGCAGAACAGCAAGCUGCGCUUCUUCCGGUCCUUAGUCCUCUCUUCCAAAUUGAGGCAACAAUUCAGUUGUCCCUUCAGGGCGAAUCUGAACAGUGGAACUGGCCACACCAACCCAACAUUCAAGCUGCAGACACCCCAAGGCAAGCGAAAGGUGGCCAACACCCCCGAGGUCCCACGGAAGCCGUCCCAGCCUCCUCCUCGGCCCCCUCCAGAUUACCUUCAUGGCAGGGCCCCACCUGCGCCAUUGCCCUCCCACCUCAUCAGGGCUGCUCAGAACUCCUCAGGGGCUGGCACCCAGGUACAAAGGAAGGAGUCAUCCAGGGGGCCUCCCCCAAGCCGGCCAGUGCCUCCUGCACCCAACUGCAUCCUCUCCCAGGAUUUCUCCAGACCUCGGCCACCCCAGAAGGCACUCCCUGCUAACCCGGUGCCAGGCCGCAAGGCCCUCCCCAGACCUGCCGGCACCCACCUCCUGCGGCCUCCUGUCCCCAGCCCUUCACCUACCCGGCCUCUCGCAGGCCCUGCCCCAAAGUUCCCUGACUACAGAUGGCAGAGGGCUGGGGGGAUGACCAGCUCGAAAAUCUAGAGCCUUCCAAAGGGGCUGUGCCCUCUCUUUGAGGACUCUACACCCACCGAGGCUCCAUGGCCAUGGAAUCUGGAAGAAGCAUGUCAAGAAGUCACCUUCUUGCCUCCCCCUGCCUCCCGAAACCACUGCAUCUCCAAAAAUUUCCUUGACUUCGUGCUGCCUUGGCUUCCUGGAGGCCCAGAGGGAUGCCAUCCAAUGGUCUCAAGUGUUAUUGGUACAGUAGACAGCCAGGGUAGAGGUGGAGGAUGAAGGAAGCAUCACCUUCCAACCCUCUCUCACCUGGCCUCCCACCUCAGAGGGGCCAAUGGAGGUGGCAGGAGGUAAGAGGAAAGGCCCUGGGCAUGCCUCAGGUAGGCCAGAACUCGAGUAGGUGUCCACCCACAUCCACAGUGGAAGAUGUACACGAGACCCUUGUUUGUCUUUCUCCAGUCUCCAGGCCCAAUCAUGGGCACUGAUCACUCACUCCUCUUAGAUCUGAGACUAAGAGGGAUUGAACCAGCCUUGCCACGGGCCUGCCCUGUGGAGGUGACUGCUACUGGUUAGUGGUCCCAUGUGAGGAAGUCAAGCGACCUCCCAACCCCCUUAUUGUUUACCUGGUCACUCUGACUCAGGCAGGUACUGUUCAUAGGCAGUGUAGACAGCAGGGGGAGCGCCGCCUCCUCUGAGCCGAAUGCCAAAGCCAAAGCUUGCGACUCCACCACCCACCUCCACUCUCAGCUGCUCUUUUCUUUUCUCCUCUGCACUUUCAAAUCCUGUGUUUGGAUUUCCUUCCCUCCCCUAACCCUCCCCCCCAAUCCACCUAAUGUGUGCGGUGCUAUGGAGCGUGGACCUCAAGGCUACCCCUUCCUGGGGACCCAGUGCUUGUUUGGGCCCGGGGUUCCCUGUGUGGAUUCUCAAAUAUGACCCCUGGCCAUGGGGUCACCGCUUUCUUUCCCAUUGUGUUUCUGACCUCAGCAGGGGGAGUCUCCUACCCACUCUGUGACCCAGAUCUUAGUCAGGGGCCCAGGUUGGCAGCAGGUGCAGGUGCAGUGAGGACGGCAGACAUGUUCAUGCGAUCUGUCACCGACCUGACUUUUAUCGUGCACUUCCUGUGUCCACUUCAGAGUCACUUGCUGCCCUUAUCGGACCCUCAACAGCAUGGGACACCCCUGCAAAGGGUCAGGCCUCCGUGGAGCAGGGGAGGAGAGUGAGGGCACUCUGUUAGCUUGGACAUCUCACGUUCUCUGAGGCUGCCUCCUUCCCCCAGAAGGUGCUGGACAUCAGGACUCUCUGCCCUCAGUGGGGAGCAGUGCAGAGAAGAGACUUGAGCUUUCCUUUCCCCAUCUAUCACCCAGGAACCCCACCAGUUCUCUGCACACAAUAGGUGCUUAAUAGAUACUCCUGGUUUGUAGGCCAGGAGAUUCGGGGGUACAAGCUUGGGAGGAUAAAGAAAGAUCUCAGGAAGCAAGAGUAUCUCCCUGGGACCAUUGGAACUGGUGACACCUGGCCGUCUCCUAUGUGGGCUCCCAUCUCCCCCUCCCCCGCCCCUGACCAAGCUGAUGGGCAACUUUUCACUCCAGUUUUGGGUCUACUCCAAAGACCAGGCCCUCAAGGUUGGGUCCCAGAAACAUAAAGGGAAACACCCUGCAAAGAAAAAAGAGCACCCUCAAACCCCACCCCGUGCCCCCAGGUGUUCCGUGGCUUCAGACUUUAGAGCUGUCCUUCAGAAGAUGGAAGCUCUGAGGUGAAGAAGCUGUGGCCACCGCGGCUGCUGAGCCCCUGGAACUCAAACUCUACCCCCUGUACCCACACCGGGAAGCCACCGGGUUAUUGCUUUCCUGUUUUGUUUUUUGUUUGUUUUUCAUUAUUUUAAUACCACCUCCAUCCCAUGAAAUUGUACUGUGAACUGGAAGAUGGUCAACUUUUGAAGAAGAAAAAAUUUGUAAAGGAUUUUUUGGCAGCAGAUCCAAGUGGCUGUUUCCCUCCCAACUCU